AAAGAAAACCAAAAUGGUCCACAACCCCAUUUUCUUCUGUCACUAGCAGACCCAACCACUAGGCUUUUUCUGCGGAAGUUGAGAAUUUCUAAGAUUCUCUUCUCUUCUGUUUUUCUAUGUAACAAAAAAAAAAACAACACUCUUUUUCAUUUGUACCAUACACUUUCAUCAGAAAAACAAUGGCAAUUGUCAUCUUUCACAACAAAAUUAUUCUCUUUUCUUUAUUUUCUGUUCUGUUCUUCACCUUCUGUUCUUCCCAUAUCAUACCCAAAUUUCCUUCUUCAUUGAUUCGUCCAGAACAACAACUAAACUCUGGUUCUGCCAAAAAUGGACUUUACAAAACAAAAUACUUCACCCAAAUACUUGAUCAUUUCAAUUAUAACCCUCAAAGUUAUCAUAAAUUUCAACAAAGGUAUCUCAUCAAUGAUACUUAUUGGGGUGGUGCCAAGAAGAAAGCUCCAAUCUUUGUCUACACCGGAAAUGAAGGGAACAUAGAAUGGUUUACAGAAAAUACUGGUUUUAUGUUUGAGAAAGCACCUUAUUUCAAUGCUCUUUUGGUUUUUAUUGAGCAUAGAUUUUAUGGAAAAUCAUUGCCAUUUGGAGGGAACAAGAAAGUUGCAUAUGCAAAUAGUAGCACACUUGGAUAUCUGAGUUCUACACAGGCAUUAGCUGAUUAUGCAACUCUCAUCAUUGAUUUGAAGAAGAAUUUGUCAGCUACUGAAUCCCCUGUUGUUGUGUUUGGAGGAUCCUAUGGAGGAAUGUUGGCUGCUUGGUUUAGAAUAAAGUAUCCACACGUUGCAAUUGGAGCUUUAGCAUCAUCAGCUCCAAUUCUUCAUUUCAUGGAUUUGGUUUCACCAUAUGUCUUCAGCAAUACUGUCACACAAGACUUCAGGAGUGAGAGUGAGAAUUGUUACAAAGUGAUAAAAGGGUCAUGGAAGCUUAUAGAAGAAACAGCCAAAAAACAUGGAGGAUUGGAAUUACUAAGGAAAUCAUUCAGAAUAUGCAACAAUUAUAUGGAUGCAAAUGCUUUGGAAGGUUGGCUUCAAACUGCUUGGAUUUAUACAGCAAUGACAGAUUAUCCAACACCAACCAAUUUCCUUAAUCCCUUGCCAGCAUAUCCUGUGAGAAAGAUGUGCGAGGCAAUUGAUAGGUCAGUGACAGAAAAACAUAGUAGGAGUACAUUUGACAAGUUGUAUAGUGCUGCAAAUAUCUACUACAACUAUAGUGGUACAUCUAAGUGUUUCGAUUUAAAUGAUAAUUCCGAUCCUCAUGAUCUUGGAGGAUGGCAAUGGCAGGCUUGUACUGAGAUGAUAAUGCCACUAGGUUCAAACAAGGAAAGCAUAUUUCCUGAAUCAAAGUGGUCAUUCAAUGACAGAUCUGCAUCCUGCAAAUUUUUCUACAACGUACUGCCAAGGCCCAACUGGAUUACAUCAGAAUUUGGCGGCCAUGAUAUUGAGUUAGUUCUCAAAAGAUCUUCUGGUAACAUCAUAUUUUUCAAUGGUUUAAGAGACCCUUGGAGUGGUGGAGGAGUGUUGAAGAAUAUAUCCAAAACUAUAAUUGCUAUAGUUGCAAAAGAAGGAGCUCAUCAUGUGGAUCUAAGAUACUCAACUAAGGAAGAUCCAAAGUGGCUUAAAGAUAUAAGGAAACAAGAGGUAAAGAUUAUAGAAAGUUGGAUAUCCCAAUACCAUCAAGACUUGGAUACAUCCUAUAGUGUGAAUUAAAAGAAAAUGUUAUUGUGUUUAACCCUUGAUGACACUAUGGUUGUGAAUUGUGAAAUGAAACAAUAAAAUAAAUUAUUACCAGAAA